GCGCAGCCUCGCGCACGGAGAAGCUGAGUUGGAGGAUCAUGGCGGAGCGCAGGAGGCACAAGAAGCGGACCCAGGAGGUGAGCGAGCCCACCAAGGAGGAGAAGGCGGUGGCCAAGUACCUCCGCUUCAACUGCCCCACCAAGUCCACCAACAUGAUGGGACACCGGGUGGACUACUUCGUCGCCUUCAAGGCCGUGGACUGUCUGCUGGACUCCAAGUGGGCCAAAGCCAAGAAGGGAGAGGAGGCGCUGUUCACCACCAGAGACUCGGUGGUGGAUUACUGCAACAGGCUCCUCAAGAAGCAGUUCUUCCACCGAGCUCUCAAGGUCAUGAAGAAGAAGCCAGAGAAAGACGCCAAGAAGGAGAAAGAGAAGGAGAAGGCCAAGAGCGACAGCAGCAAGGAGGAGGAGAAGAAAGGGAAGAAGGAGAAAGACAAGAAGAAGGAGACGGAGGUGGCUGAGGUCAAGAAGGAGAAGAGUGACGACAGUCCCGGAACGCCCAAGAAGAAGAAGGAGGUGAAGAAGAAGUUCAAACUGGAGCCUCAUGAAGAUCAGCUCUUCCUGGAUGGAAACGAGGUGUUUGUGUGGAUUUACGACCCCGUCCACUUCAAGACGUUCGCCAUGGGCCUGAUCCUGGUGAUCGCGGUGAUCGCCGCCACGCUGUUCCCGCUGUGGCCGGCGGAGAUGCGCGUGGGCGUGUACUACCUGAGCGUGGCGGCCGGCUGCUUCGUGGCCAGCAUCCUGCUCCUGGCCGUCGCCCGCUGCAUCCUCUUCCUCAUCAUCUGGCUGGUGACCGGCGGCCGCCACCACUUCUGGUUCCUCCCCAACCUGACGGCCGACGUGGGCUUCAUCGACUCCUUCCGGCCGCUCUACACGCACGAGUACAAGGGGCCGCGCGCCGGCGACAAGAAGGGCUCCGACAAGGCCGACAAGGACGCCGCCGCCGCGUCCAAGGCUCAGAAGUCGGACAGCGACGAGAAGUCGGACAGCGAGAAGAAGGACGGGGAUGACGAGGAGGAGGAGGAGGAGGAGGAGAGCAAGGAGGCGAGUCCGGAGGAGAGCAAGCAAGGGGAGGCGGCGGCGGAGGAGGAGGAGGAGCGCCGCUCGGACACAGACAGCGAGCGGCGGGAGGACGAAGGCUCGCAGCACAGCAACGGGAAUGAUUUCGAGAUGAUCACCAGGGAGGAGCUGGAGCAGCACACGGAGGAGGAGGAGGGGGAGGAGGAGGAAGAGGAGGAAGAGGAGGAGGGGGAGGAGGAGGAGGCAGAAGAGAGGAAAGAGGAGGAUGGGAGUGAGACUAAACCUCAGACUGCAGAAACAUAAACUUCUUCCCAUCCCCACACUACUUCCUCUCUCUGCCCCUCCCCUCCCCCCACGUCGUCACGACGACGGGUCACCUCCAGCAGGAGAAGCCUCACGGCGGGCGGCAGGAAGCCCGUCGACCUUUGACCUUUCGCCGGCCCGGCCGGGCGUCCCGCGGCUCUGGGCUUCCUGCCGUUCGCUGUUUUUUUUUUUUCCCCCCUCAUCUCUGAUUCGAUCUCGGUGCGACCUGACCCCCCCCAGGCUCCCGUUCAUGUUCGAUUCCGUGCACCUCGUCCGGCUCACGGCCGCUGUUUACUUUUUAUAAAAAAAUAACUAAAACGUUAUAGAGAAAAGAAAAGAAAAAAAAAAAGGGUGUCUGCUCGACGGCGUUACACUCGGUUCCCAAACAGAAGCAGAUUUCCAGAGCGAAGCCAGCUCUCAGUGCCAAACGCAGCGAGCCGGGCGUCCGCCGCUCGCCGCUCAGACUCCGGGCCCUCGCUCCGGUCUGGACGAGUCCACGGUACAGAGGUCCAAACUGUCGUCGCGCAUUAUUUUCUGGCUAGAAAUGUCGUAGAAGCUCUUUUUAGUCAUAGCGUUGAUUAUAUUUAAGUAAAAACAUAGGAAUGUAUGGUUUAUAUAUGGAUUCUAUUGAUAUAUCUGAUAUUUACAUACAGUACUGAACAGCUGACCGCCCCUCCCGGCUUCGGCAGGCGGUAACUUCAUCCCUUCUUUUAAAUGUUGCUUCUGGUUAUUUUUUUAGACGUCGGCGUGUGGGCCUGAGGUUUGUAGCUCUCUGACCUUCACACGCUUCUCCACCUUAUUGUAUUAUUUCCCCCGUCUCUCUCUCUCUCUCUCUCUCUCUCUCUCUGUCGUCUUUUGUUUUUCUUCCCCAAAUGGGCAAAGUGCAUCUCUCCCCCCUCCCUGCAUCGGUAACAUUUCACUAAAAUAAAUAGGGAGGAAAAAGACGAAGCGGACUCUCCCGGUUGUUUCUGACUGUUGCACAGUACCAGUCUGUUGUAUAUUGUAGUAUUAUGACUCUGCUGCUGCUUCUCAUCACACCUUUUCUGGGAGGAAUCAAAGUGAAGCUGUAAAACCGUCGAUGUUUUCUCUCCGGUCAGAAAAAAAAAAACAAAAAAAAAGAAACUAAACGUGUCUUUUUGAUCACAUGGUUGUCCACGUUUGGAUCGAUAUCAUUCUAGAGAC